AGUGUCGGACGGUUGUGUCUUGAGACCCGCGAGUGAUGUCGCAGCAUGGUCGCUGCGCGUGCCUUCCUGUGGUGCCUGUGCCUCCUCUCUCUCGCGGCCUGCGCGGACGCCGCGCGCCCCCAUAAACACCACCAAGCUUUACCAGCCAGACAUAAACCAAAGCAUUCGGAAUUUGUUAAAGGAAAGAUAUGCAUCGGGACGAACGGGCGCAUGUCGGUUCCGUCGAACCGCGAAACACACUACCGGAAUCUUCGAGAUCGCUUCACCAACUGCACCUACGUCGACGGCAAUCUCGAGGUGACAUGGCUUCAAAACGAGACCAUGGACUUAUCUUUCCUCAAAUACAUAAGAGAAGUGACAGGAUACGUCCUCAUUUCACAUGUAAAUGUUCGACAGAUUAUCUUGCCACAACUGCAGAUCAUUCGUGGUCGUACACUCUUCAAACUCAACGUGAGACAAGAACAGUUUGCUCUCCUAGUCACGAUGUCAACAGCCUUUACACUAGAGUUGCCAGCGCUUCGAGAUGUACUGCGCGGCAGUGUCGGCGUUUAUAAUAAUUAUAAUCUGUGCCACGUGAAAACCAUCAAUUGGGAUGAGAUCAUAACUGGCCCGAACGCGACCUAUGUAUACGUAUACGACUUUCAAGCAGCAGAACGCGAAUGUCCGCGAUGCCACGAAAGCUGCGAAGCUGGCUGCUGGGGAGAAGGACCUGAAAAUUGCCAAAAAUUCUCGAAAACGAAUUGCAGUCCACAGUGUGCCCAAGGUCGUUGUUUCGGGCCAAACCCCCGAGAUUGUUGUAAUACUUUUUGCGCUGGGGGUUGUACUGGACCUUUGCCUAGCCAAUGCCUUGCCUGCCGAAACUUUUAUGACGAAGGCACAUGCUCCCAAGAGUGCCCUCCGAUGCAAAUAUACAAUCCAACGAAUUAUUCUUGGGAGCCGAACCCGAAUGGGAAAUAUGCCUAUGGUGCUACGUGUGUACGAAAUUGCCCAGAACACCUUCUAAAAGAUAACGGAGCAUGCGUGAGGAGUUGUCCUCCAAACAAAACCGCUGUUAAUGGAGAAUGUAUACCGUGUAAUGUAACGUGCCCCAAAACUUGCCGAUCGGAGAGACCAAUACAUUCUGGAAACAUAGAAAGUUUCAGAGAUUGUACGAUUAUAGAUGGCUCUAUUGAAAUCCUAGAGAUGACUUUUACGGGAUUCCAACACGUAAAUCCUGAUUAUUCCUUCGGCGAACGUUAUCCUAAGAUGGAACCAGAUGCUCUGGAAGUAUUCAGCACCGUGCGCGAGGUGACCGGCUAUUUAAACGUUCAAGCUGUCCAUCCUAAUUUUACUAGUCUCUCUUAUUUCCGAAAUUUAGAAGUUAUUGGAGGACGCCAAGUUGUGGAAAACUUGUUCGCCUCCCUUUAUAUAGUCAAGACAUCCCUAAGAUCAUUGGGAUUGAAAUCACUGAAACGGGUCAACUCUGGUGCAAUUGCUAUAAUGGAAAAUCGUAAUCUCUGCUUCGCUGAAAAGAUAGCUUGGAAUAAAUUGGUCAAGUCAAAGGAUCAUAAACAGAUCAUUCAGAAGAAUGGUGAUCAAAGAAUUUGUGAAAAAUCAAAUUUGGUGUGCGAUCCUCAAUGUUCUACUGACGGUUGCUGGGGCCCGGGGCCAGAUCAAUGCCUCUCCUGUCAAAACUACAAAGUUGGCGAAACUUGUAUCCAAAAUUGCAGCGUACAACCUGGAUUGUACCAAGCUGGUUCAAAAUUGUGUAGACAAUGUCAUUCCGAGUGUAUAGACGGAUGCACGGGACCGAGUCGUGCAAACUGCACCAGAUGCAAACAUGUCCGUGAUGGGCCAUACUGUGUCGCUGAAUGCCCGGAAACUAGAUAUCCAUCACAAAACAAUACUUGUGAAUCAUGCCAUUACCAUUGCUUUAAUGGGUGCACUGGUCCAGCCAAUACAGUCGGCGAAGGUGGAUGCAACUUCUGUAAGAAAGCAAUCAUCAGCAUUGAAGCAACAGUUGAAAGCUGUCUUGCUGAGAAUGCACCUUGCCCCGACGGAUAUUACAAUGAAUGGGUAGGCAACGUUAAGCCUUUGGAGGGCAAAGUAAAAGUGGUUUGUCGAAAGUGCCAUCCACUAUGCAAAAAGUGCACGGGUUUUGGUAUCCACGAAACAGUAUGCAAAGUUUGCAAUGGCUUCAAAAGAGGCGACCAAUGUGAAGAUGAAUGCCCCGCCGAUCACUUCACUGAUGCUGAUUUCAAAACCUGCAUGCCAUGUCACCACGAAUGUAGAAACUGCACUGGGCCAACAUCAAGAGAUUGUACUAAAUGUCAUAAUCUGAAAGUGUUUUUAACUGAUCCGAAUUCUUCCGACAAUACAUCCACUUUUAUUUGCGCUGAUACCUGUCCAGAAAAUAUGCCACAUAAAAUUUAUUUUGAUGAAUUACAUCAAAAUCCUAUCGAAGAACCCUUCUGCUCUGAAUUACCUAGUGAAAUGCCUGAUAUAAACACUGCUGGAACACCAACCGUGUUAAUAAUAAUUUUAAUCAUAGCUUUCUUACUUCUAGUAAUAUUAGGAAUAAUAGGAUAUACAUGCAGACAGAAGGCAAAUGCGAAAAAAGAGGCAGUUAAAAUGACCAUGGUGCUAACCGGUUGCGAAGACAAUGAACCUUUACGCCCAACCAAUGUUAAACCAAAUUUAGCAAAAUUAAGAAUAGUGAAGGAAGCUGAACUUCGUCGCGGUGGUAUGCUUGGCUUUGGUGCAUUUGGAAAAGUGUACAAAGGAGUGUGGGUACCCGAAGGAGAAAAUGUUAAGAUUCCUGUGGCUAUUAAAGUUUUGAAAGAAGGCACUGGAGCGAACACGAGCAAAGAGUUCUUAGAAGAAGCUUACAUUAUGGCAAGUGUAGAACACCCUAACUUAUUGCAAUUGCUAGCCGUGUGUAUGACAAAUCAAAUGAUGUUAAUAACACAACUAAUGCCGCUGGGAUGUUUGCUUGAUUACGUAAGAACUCAUAAGGAAAAGAUUGGAUCUAAAGCAUUUUUGAAUUGGUGUACUCAAAUUGCACGUGGUAUGUCGUACUUAGAAGAGAAACGUUUGGUGCACCGUGAUUUAGCAGCUAGGAACGUAUUAGUACAAACACCAAACUGUGUUAAAAUAACAGAUUUCGGUUUAGCUAAAUUAUUAGAUAUUAAUGAAGAUGAAUAUAAAGCAGCCGGAGGCAAAAUGCCCAUAAAAUGGUUAGCAUUGGAGUGCAUACAGCAUAGAAUAUUUACUCACAAGAGUGACGUAUGGGCAUUCGGUGUAACCAUUUGGGAGAUUUUGAGUUACGGUGCACGUCCUUACGAAAAUAUUUCAGCAAGGAAUGUUCCAGAGCUGAUUGAAAACGGAUUGAAAUUACCACAACCCAGUAUCUGCACGUUGGACAUAUACUGCAUUAUGGUUUCAUGUUGGAUGCUAGAUGCUGACAGCAGGCCAACAUUUAAGCAACUGGCUGAUACAUUCGCUGAAAUGGCUCGAGAUCCUGGCCGAUAUCUCGUAAUUCCAGGAGACAAAUUUAUGCGUCUCCCAUCCUAUUCUACUCAGGAUGAAAAAGAAUUAAUAAGAAACCUCUCGUCAGCAAUGGAGGGACCAGAACCUCUGGUAGAGGCCGAUGAGUACUUACAACCUAAAUUCAAGACUUUACCGGGUACUGCUACUACAUCAGUGGUGAGUGUUGGUAUCGAGACACAAACUAGUUCUCUGAAGCCAUGCACAUCAUCAUCAUGGGCUAAUAACGGUACUGGACUAGACUGUGUAACUACCGACGGUUCAAACAAACCAGAAACUUGGGAUCACGAACUUCUAAGGUACGCUCAUCAAAACAAUACUGAUACACCCGAAUUACGGCAUUAUUACAACAAUGGUGUCUGUGCUACAGAUACUUCAAGUUCAAGAUAUUGCAGCGAUCCUAUGAAAAUCCGCACAGACUGUACCUUAGAAGAAAAUUUCGAUACGAUGUCAAAGACGAAAGAAGCUCAAGUCGGUAAUCUAAAAUUGAAUCUACCUCUGGACGAGGACGAUUAUUUGAUGCCAUCACCGCAGCACAAUCAGAACUCUUCAACGUACAUGGAUUUGAUCGGUGAGGGUGGUGAGGGUCAGGAUAUUAAAGAGCUGCAUUAUACUAGUAGUUUCGUGGGCUCGAAGCGAUGUGUGGACAAUCCGGAGUACUUGAUGUCGGAUGAGAGCGUUCCAGCACAGACACUGGGCAUUCCUACGGAGCCAGUUCCUCUAGAGUCGUUGUGUGUAAGUGAAGGCAGCGGCAGCGAGAGCACUCCUCAGCCGGGCACGAGCAAAUACCUCCCACAACGGUCGGUAGAAGAGGAGUCUAUGUCGGACCACGAGUACUACAACGACCUACAGCGUGAACUACAACCCCUCCGACGAAACGAGACGACAGUGUGAGUGCUCUUUAAUCACGGUGUAAUAUAUUACAACGUAUAGAUUGAUCUCCCCUCACUAAUGACUGUUAUAAAAUAAUUGUGCGCUCUGUGCGCACGCUUCGUGCCAUUGGUGUAAUGGCUAGUGUUAGCUUGUUGGAUUAUAAUUCAACUAUGAAUUUUAUUGUAGUUAUAAACAAACUAUUUUUGUUAUUUUUUUCUACUUAAUUUUUUUGUAUAAAAAUCUGUUAUAUGUAAUUUUGUAUAAAUACUAUUUUCAUUUUAUUAGGUGCUCGCUCGAUGCUCUUAACAAUUACGUAACUUAUUUAUUAAUUUAGUUUUAAGGAAGGCUAUGUUUACGUUGCUCGUAUAUAGCGUUAAGUAGCUAUGCGAGUGUUAUUUUAAUUUUAAAACUGUGAUAAUUAGUAUAAUUUUGAUAAAAGACCAGUGAAGUUCGAAUAUUAGGAACCGAGCAUAAGAUUAAAAGAGAGUGCUGCUAUUGUUCCGGUGUGAAUCUAUUUAGAUUAUGGUGAUUCACACUGGACCAUUAUAAAUAGAUAGGUAAACUAUUAAGUUCUUACAUGUUUAGCACAUUCCUGUACAGAGUAAUCUUCGGUUUAUGCUUUUGGAGAUAAACAAUGCCAAUAAUUAUCAUUCUUUUCGUCUCUUUUAUAACAAACUUUGUUAUAAAUCGGAAAACUUAAAAGUUUUCAUUUGAAAACUUUCUCUUUUUAAUUUGAGUUCUACUUGCCUUCACUAGUCUAAUCUCUCAUGCGAAAGAGACAUGAGCAACAACACUUAGUUCCGUUAUAGAAAUAUAAGUACAUUUCACUAAAUAUAGCAAUUCUAAACUGUAACAUUGUCCGUAAUCACACUGAAUGAGCCUUAAUGUUUAAUAUACAAUGAUAUCAAUAUUCGAUGUACAUAUUAUAUUACUCAUAAAAGAUUUAUGCACUUUUUAACAGCAGCCCACAAAAGACAUUAUUUUAAGUGUAUUUAUACUAAAGGAGCUGUCCCUAGCACAAAAACCAGCUCAAUAAAACCCAACUGAAAUGCAAAUACAUUUUAUAAUUGUAACUAAGUAGUUAAGUGUUUUAUGUUUGGACCAAACUACAUUGCCAUGUAAUAUGUAAAUAAUAUAAUUAUAUCGCUACGCUAUUGUAUAUAAAUAUAUAAAUUAUAUUAAGUAACCUGAGAAUCAUAUUUUGUAUACAUUGCAAAUAAAUAUUACUCAAAAGGAGUUUCUUUAAUAUAUCCGCGCUAUGAAAGCUCUAAAGUAUAUUGUGCCAUUACAUAUUAUGAAAUAGAUUAUUUUACAAAUAAUUUUUAAAAACAAGAAAUUUUUACCUUUAUGUAACUUAUAACGUUUAUGCAUGAAUAGAAAUGAUAGUUUUUGAAAAAUCAAUACGAUAUUCUAUGAAUGUUUGUCUGUCUGUAUAAACAUAUACCUACAAAUUGUGUUGUAACUGCAUUUCACUUGUUAUAAAUAUAUAGUAAGCUUUUCAUAGCUAACAUAUUGUUUUGUGUGUAAUAAACCGGCGCGUCGUGUCAAGUUGGCGCGAUGUUGAUACUUGUACCUAGAUAAAUGAAAUCUGAAU